AGAAAAUGGCUGAAAAUAAUAAGUUGUAGAAGAGGAUAUGUAAGCGAGAACAUUACAAAGGAAAUGGAAAUGCCAUCACCACCUUGGAUAAAGCCAUGUGAUAAAAAUGACAAUAUUUUCAUUAAAAGUGUUACUUAAAAGCAAGGUUUUAUAAUUAAUUUUUGAAAUGUAGCAUCAAUUUGUGUCGGUAUCUCGCAGAAUGUAUGCCCAGAUCUUCGGGAAGUCUUUCAGACGAACCAUUCUGUUAUUACCAUUACUUCUGUUGUUCUUAAUGGUACCAGCUGGAAGUCAACUCUCUGACAAUGUGAAAUGUAACGAAACUUCUCCACUGGAAAACAUCAAAAUUGAAUAUGGAAGUAAAGUUGUCGAUCAUGAAUACAUUGUGUCAUUUAAUGGGUAUUAUAAGGCGCAAACAAGAAAACGUUAUCUCACUGCUGCCCUCCAUAAUUCAAAUGUUGUGUCGUGGAAAAUCAUGCCGAGAAACAACCCAGCAAACGAUUAUCCCAGCGACUUUGAAGUAGUCAAGUUGAGUGACGGAGGCAGGGCGGGGGUUGAGGGUCUACAGGAUCAUCCACUGGUUCGACGAGUCACACCACACAAACAAGUGACCAGGACGCUCAAAUUUAUACCAGACUUGGGUCACAAGGAUCAGGUCAGACGCAGUGAUACUGAGAAGGUGGAAGUCCACUCAGAUGUUAACAUAGGGGAGGAGGUCAAAGAGUGCAACUGUACCGACAAGGAUGAACCCUGCCCAAUCUCGUGUGACCCCAAAAAGAAUAAGAACCGUCGUAGUCUUUCUCUGAGCGCAACAUAUUGGCACUCUCCAGUCCGUUACAGAAACAGACGUCUGCUCAGAGCUGUCCCAAAGCAGAUUGUGAGUGCUCUCCAGGCCGAGAUUUUGUGGAACAUGGGUUAUACAGGUACAGGUGUGAAGGUGGCUGUGUUUGACACUGGACUUGCAGAAGAUCACCCACACUUUAAGAAAGGCCGAAUUAAAGACAGAUCGAACUGGACCAAUGAGAAGACACUGGAUGAUGGCCUUGGACAUGGUACUUUUGUGGCAGGAGUGAUAGCCAGCUCCAGGGAGUGCCUUGGGUUUGCUCCAGAUUCUGAGAUCUACGUCUUCAGAGUGUUCACAAAUAAUCAGGUGUCUUAUACGUCCUGGUUUCUAGACGCCUUUAACUACGCCAUUCUAAAGAAGAUCAACGUGCUCAACCUCAGUAUCGGUGGUCCCGAUUUUAUGGACCACCCAUUUGUUGACAAGGUGUGGGAGUUGACUGCCAACAAAGUUAUUAUGGUGUCUGCUAUAGGCAAUGAUGGACCACUGUAUGGUACUCUGAACAACCCUGCUGACCAGAUGGACGUGAUCGGAGUCGGAGGUAUCAACUUUGAGAACCAGAUUGCCAGAUUUUCUUCACGAGGAAUGACAACAUGGGAACUCCCCCAAGGUUAUGGACGCGUCAAGCCAGAUAUUGUAACAUACGGAUCUGCUGUCCGCGGAUCAGCCCUAAAGAGUGGGUGCCGGUCACUGUCGGGGACGAGUGUUGCCUCACCUGUUGUUGUAGGAGCUAUCACUCUGCUGUAUAGUGCUGUACUGGACAGAGCCCAUGUGAUCAACCCAGCCAGUAUGAAGCAAGCCUUGAUGGCAUCCGCAAGGCGUCUACCAGACGUAAACAUGUUUGAGCAGGGUCACGGCAAACUGGAUCUUAUCAAGGCUUACCAAACACUGCGCACCUACAAACCACAGGCCAGCUUGAGCCCAAGCUACAUUGACCUGACAGAGUGCCCCUACAUGUGGCCGUACUGCUCACAGCCACUUUUCUACGGACAGAUGCCCGUCAUCAUCAACGUCACUAUUCUAAAUGGAAUGGGUGUCUCAGGAAAGAUUGUUGAUAAGCCAACCUGGCACCCGUACCUCCCUCACCAUGGCAACUAUCUGGAUGUGGCACUCUCUUAUUCGGCAUCAUUGUGGCCCUGGUCUGGAUACUUGGCUGUUUCUCUCUCCAUUGCUAAAGGAGGUAAUGCCUGGGAGGGCAUUGCUCAAGGCCACAUCUCUCUCAUCAUAGAGUCUCCACCUGAGGGAGAGGAAACAGAGCCGAGGAGAACGACGCUAAAAUUGUCUGUCAAAGUGAAGAUUAUUCCCACUCCUCCUAAAAGUAAGCGUGUACUCUGGGACCAGUAUCACAAUCUUCGGUACCCACCCGGGUACUUCCCGAGGGAUAACCUACGAAUGAAGAACGACCCCCUGGACUGGAAUGGAGAUCAUAUCCACACAAAUUUCAAAGAUAUGUACCAACAUCUCAGGAGCAGUGGUUACUUCGUGGAGGUCUUAGGUUCUCCGUUCACCUGUUUUGAUGCUAGUCAGUACGGCACUCUGCUGAUCGUGGAUGCAGAAGAGGAGUAUUUCCCGGAGGAAGUAACCAAACUCAAACGUGACGUGGACAAUGGCUUGUCCAUCAUCAUCUUUGGAGAUUGGUACAACGUGUCGGUCAUGAGGAAAGUGAAGUUCUAUGAUGAAAACACAAGACAAUGGUGGAUGCCUGACACUGGAGGAGCUAAUCUUCCAGCCACUAACGACCUGCUGGCACCAUUUGGAAUGGCCUUCAGUGACCAAGUGUACGAGGGAGAUUUUAUGAUGGGAGAGCACGACAUGUACUAUGCCUCUGGAACAAGCCUUGCCAAGUUUCCCGAUGAUGGUGUGAUUUUGAGCCAUAAUUUAAAAGAUCAAGGCCAUGAAGUGUUAAAAGGAGAAGCAAAGACGGUGGAGGGCGUGGCCAUUCUCGGGCUGUACCAAACCACAGCAGCUCCAGAAAGUGGGCGUGUUGCCCUUUUUGGGGACUCAAAUUGUCUUGACAACAGUCACAUGCAGAAAGACUGUUUCUGGCUACUAAGUGCCCUGUUGGAAUACACAGCCUACAACAGCCUUGUUCCCCUAUUCUCUGGCACGGACCAGUCCAUUUUGCCUCCUGCAGAGCUGCCACUCAGAAUGGAGGGGAAUCACCUGCAUCGUUAUUCAAAAGUGCUAGAAGGUCACCUUGGGUCACCGAGGUCACGACCUCUACCUCAGUGUCCAAGACUGAUCUGGACAGUAGCACAUCCCUUGAAUGUUUCUGCUCCUUCAAAUCUGUACCAGCAACAGAAACUGCUGUCAACUGGACUAGACAUUCCUGUGCCUCCUGGGAUUGACCGACGAGACAGUGACCUGAUGCCCAAUAUGGGGAUGGUGAAGGAGUCCGGUGGAUUCCAGGCGGACCCACUGAUGAAACCAGCUAAUCAGCUCCAGGAUGUAGACUCUAACAGUGUUUUCCCAGUUGUGGCCUUUGUCGCCACAGGACUUGUGCUUCUUUUCCUUCUCAACCAGUACUAUAAAAGUCGCUCAAAGCCUAAAAAGAGGCGUCCAAGAUUAAAAAAGUUUCACCAAAUAUUUACCGGGAAAGUGCCGAGUGUAUGAUGUUAACUGUUUGUUAGGAGAGUGUGGCUCUGUGAGAGAUUCUGAUUUGUGUGUUUCAAGGAUAGCUCUGUGUGUACCUGUGUGAUUGACAGCCAUGUGUGUACCUGUGUGAUUGACAGUCAUAUGUGUACCUGUGUGAUUGACAGCCGUAUGUGUACCUGUGUGAUUGACAGCCAUGUGUGUACCUGUGUGAUUGACAGCCAUGUGUGUACCUGUGUGAUUGACAGCCAUAUGUGUACCUGUGUGUUGAAGGUACAGUGUGUAAGCAUGUGUUGAGAACAAACGUGUGCAUUUGUGUAUGGCAACAGAUGCAUGGUUGGUUUUCUGAAUUUUGUAACAAAACUUGAGAAUCCGAUUAGUGCCAUGUUGGUCACAGUGUUAAAUAUAGAAUCAAUUUUGAAAUGAAUUCUUUGAUAUUUGAGCAGAAUGUGUGAUUUUUCUGCAAGAUUUUACCAUUUCAGAAUAGUACAACAUUUUCAAGUACAUGCAUUGUGGUUUCAUUGUUAAAUUGUAUAUUUAACUGAUAAAUUCUCACAACAGACACUAAAUGAAAUUAAUCAUCAGUAAAUGUAAUUAGAUAACUUUUUUAGCAAACAUAAUUUAGAAAGGAUACUUUUCUUCUUUUUUUUUUUGCACUUAUAUUAAUUAACAUUUGUCUGUACUCGUAUGUCUGAUUGUUACAGUUUCUGUGAAUAAAUUAUGAAAUAAGUUUGUGUGAUACUAAAGUUGGCAGUAGAUGCUUAAGGUAGGGAAUCUCGCUGAAUUUCCAUUCCAUACAAACAUUGAAACGUAGGGGCCACGAAAGCUCAGUCGGUCAAAGUUCUGGCCACGUAAUCUCGGGUAAAGAUCCGAGAUGUAUGCUUAGACUCUCCCUAACCGUGUCGGUUUGUGUUUCUGAGGAAUCUGAGAAACGGGCCAAUCUGUACUGUCAUGGUUGUGUCCUUGAGCAAGACACUUUACCCUUAUUGCUCUGGGUGGCAUGAGACUGACCUCUUGUAUGUGUAGUGAGGUAGUCACCAACUGCUACAAGGAUACCCUCAAAAUGACCGUGGCUGUUCAUGGGGUGAUUAACCCAGCAAACAAACAAAAUGUUGAAACAUUAUUUUCAAGUUCUAAUUUUAUUGUUUUUGUACCUAUUCAAGGACCGGGGUGUGAUAAUCAUCAGAUUCUGUAAAAUUAUGCAUUAGAAACAUUGUGGUAGGUCCAUGACAAUUUUCUACUCUCAUCAAUACAAUUUUACAAUCGCCAAUUGUCCUUCAUUUUCAACAAAGGUUGAUGCCAACUGACAAUGUGAAGCACAGCAUCUUGUUUAAAGUUUCAGGCAUUUGAAGAAAUCUAAACACCUUGUAAAUACUCUUAAGUAAUGUUAAUUUUAAAGUAAAUUUAGUAAAUAUCGAUAGAGGUUUACAGAUUCAGUUUAAAUUUGUGUUGCACUUAAUGUUUUGAGAAAAAAUAAAAAUUAUGGAAGUGUUUUUUGAUAAAUACAGCAAAGAAAUGUAAAUAAAGAAAUUAUAGAUAACAAAAAUACUUAACACACUGGAUAUCAUCUUCAUUUGAGAUACAACUGAGCAUCUCUACCUUAACUGAAAUUUGCUGUCUGCGCUCAAUGCAUAAAUUAUUUAUUUGAAAAUCGACAUUUUGCAAAAUGAAAGUAAAACAUGCUACACUGUCAUUAUAUUUAUUCAUUAGUGGAUUGUGUACUCACUACUACUGUGUCCUCGUUAUAUGAGGGGUUUUAAUUGAUUCCUGUGGUUUUUUAUUAAGUCCGUAGUGAAAAUGAGGGACUUAGUGAUUAAAUAAUUAUGAUGUUGAUAUUUAAGGUAACUUACUGAAUUUAAAAAAAAAUAUUGUGCUACUGACUAUGAUUUACAAGUAUGAAACUGCAAAUGUGUGAGUGUCAGAAUUUUAUAUUUAUUGUAUAAAUUUAUAAUGUGCAUAAUUCCAAACCUGCCAACUGCAUCAGAGUUUUAUCUCACAAUAUUCAUUUGUAACUAGUUAGAUUUCCCCACCUACAAAUGAGUGUAACAUGACUUAUGUAAUCUAAGUGCAACAUGAACACAGGUUUAAAUGUAUAUAGUUGAGAUUUUUUCUACUCUGUUCAAACUUCUGAUAUGAGACAAUUAGUCGCAGAAUAUAUAAUUCAUCCCUAAACCUGUAUGAUGAUUUUUCUUUCUGAUCACUGUCCUUAAAUACUACAAACCACUGGAAUAAAAAAUAACAUUUUGGUCAUGUCUGAAUGAUACAUCGGGUGAAUUGUUUAUAUUUACUAUAUACUACAUAAUCAAUUAUACAUACACAUGAACUUGAAAUUUUCAUUGAGAAAGCAUUUCAGUUAAUACGAUAUACUGCAUAAUGUCACAUUCUUGCUAUAUCAUAUAAUUCUGUAAUGUCACAUUCUGCUUUGUAUCACAUUCUGCAUAAUGUCACAUUCUGUUUUUAUAUCACAUUCUGCAUAAUGUCACAUUAUGCUUUAUAUCACAUUCUGCAUAAUGUCACAUUGUGUUUUAUAUCACAUUCUGCAUAAUGUCACAUUAUGCUUUAUAUCACAUUCUGCAUAAUAUCACAUUCUGCUUUAUAUCACAUUCUGCAUAAUGUCACAUUAUGCUUUAUAUCACAUUCUGCAUAAAGUCACAUUAUGCUUUAUAUCACAUACUGCAUAAUGUCCCAUAAUGCUUUAUAUCACAUUCUGCAUAAUGUCACAUUAUGCUUUAUAUCACAUUCUGCAUAAUGUCACAUUCUGCUUAAUAUCACAUUCUGCAUAAUGUCACAUUAUCCUUUAUAUCACAUACUGCAUAAUGUUACAUUAUGCUUUAUAUCACAUACUGCAUAAUGUCCCAUUAUGCUUUAUAUCACAUUCUGCAUAAUGUCACAUUCUGCUUAAUAUCACAUUCUGCAUAAUGUCACAUUAUCCUUUAUAUCACAUACUGCAUAAUGUUACAUUAUGCUUUAUAUCACAUUCUGCAUAAAGUCACAUUGUGUUUUAUAUCACAUUCUGCUUAAUGUCACAUUCUGUUUUAUAUCACAUUCUGCAUAAUGUCACAGUAUGUUUUAUAUCAUAUUCUGCAUAAAGUCACAUUAUGCUUUAUAUCACAUUCUCAGUAAUGUCACAUUCUGCUUCAUAGAUUUAACUCUGGCAAAUGACAUUUGUAUAUGCAAUUCCUUAAAAUACAUUUGGAAACUGAGAAAUGUUCUGGUCCUCAGGCUCCAGGUUAUGGAGGUUUCACUAUGCAUUAAAGCACUAAUCACAAUGAAUACAAAUAAGGCUAUACAAUUGUAUAUUGCUUAAUAUGCUUCUUUUUUAUUCUGCAAGAUGAUCCAACUGUAAGAUUUUUUAAGAAAAAUCAACAAUUUUUUAUGCAGGUCAUUUUCAUCUCUGGCAAAUGAUGUGGAAGCAUUUUGUGAGAAAAGGCGGUUUGUCAUAUUCAAUAAAUAAUAAAUUAAGAAAGAGGGAGAGAAAGCUUCUGAAUUGUACUGUCAUCAGUUAAUGUCACUGUCGUUCACAACAGGUGUCAUUAUUGUCAGGUUUUCAUUUUUGAUAAAUUUUGAAAGCUUAUUAUGUCAUAACUAAUUUGCUUUGUACAAAAACGGAGGAAUAUGUUUGCUUUAAAAUUUGUACAAGUAAUGAAUCAUCAUUUCUGUGGGAAAGUUGAAAUCAUAGGCAUAUUUAUUGAAAAAUAUUUUUAUUUAUUGUUUUGGGGGUUGAACAAUGGCCAAAUGGGGGAAAUUAUUUUUAAAUAGUUUCAAUAUAAAUUUUUUAAAAUAUGUAUCAGUAUUUAUAUGAAAAGUCUGUUUUUUAUGCAGUGUAGGUAGACAGAAUCCACACAAGAUCGGUGUGGUCUCGAUGUGCAAUAGUGAACUUUAUUUUGCUUCUAUAUCUUUAUAAACCUGCUAAUAUAUUGUGUUUAGAGAAUUUUAAACUUUCUUUAUUAAUGAAAUCAAAGACUUUUAAUUGAAUUACUUUUGGGGAAAAGAAAGAGUGAAUUUAAAUGUUAUUUAAGUAAUUGAAAAAAUGUUAAUUUAAAUUAUUUGAGCCUGAAUAAUUUUGGUCUGGAGUCCUAUACACUGUAUUUGUAAAGUGAAUAUUUGAAUAUUGUAUUUAACAAGGGGGUCUUAAGAUCAUUGAAGUGCAGAUUGACAGUUGUUUAUAUGUCUGUGUCCUGGUAAUAUUUGUAACUGUUGUUGCUAUUGUAUAUAAAAGGGAUUUUGCACAAAUUUCCAAUAUACAGUCUUUAUAUAAGGUAUUUAUAUAUGUAAAAGGAAGGAGUAAUGAAAAAUAUCCUGUCUGGGGCUUGGACUAGCGAUCUCUAGCUCUCUAAGCCAAAAUCUUACCACUAGGCUAUAAAGGGAUUUAACAUCCAGCUUGAGCUAUUAAGGUGACAUACACUCUCCACUAUUACCGUAUUCGCCGCAAUUAACACCUCUCCCCAUUUAAGUGCCCCUACCCUUUCCGACAGAGAAAUUGAAAUUACAUAUGUAUAUCAACGCCACUCCUAAUCGUGAAACCACUUCAAAAUAUGUUGUAUUACUUACAUUUAUAUGUAGAGACUUUAGUUUGGUGAUCAAAAUAGACUCCCCCUAAAUCUUAGAUAUCUGGUCACAAUGUAUCAAAUUUUUUCUUUGACUUUUUCUUCACAACAUAGAUUAAGUUACCUUGAUAAACGCCCUCUCUCUAACGACGUUUUUAAGCGCCCGGGCGCUUAUUAUGCCAAAUAUGGUACGCUAGCUCCUACCUCACAAAGUUUUCAUCCUGAAUACAAUCUCAGCCUGGGUUCUUUAGCUCCUAGAAAACCUGUCUCCUGCAGCUGGCACUUGGAGUGAUCAACACCAAGUCUGUAAUAGGAAGGUGUAAUGAAAAUACCCUGGCCAUGCUGAGACUCGUGUUAGUGAACUCUCACUCUCUAAGGAACAUUUUACCACUAGUUAAAGGGAAGUUUCUCACCCACCUGAGCUAGUAAGGUGAACAUAUACUCCAAUUUUACAUAUUAUUGAAAUAUGGACUAUGAUUUGGGAAUUUGUGCCAAAUUUCCGUGGUCUACAUCGCAUGUUUAAAUGUUUAAUGAGUGACUCAAAAUGAUAUGAUUUAAAGUGGGAGCAUACAUGGUAGUCAGCUAAAAUAUGUACCAGAUAUGAAUAUACAUCUUUUUUGUUAGCAUUUGUAUUGAACACAGCAUGGGAAAACAUGAAGGUUUAAAAAUAAAUUCACAAUAUUGAAAAAAACAAAUUCUAGUAAGUUCUUGGUUGUUAAACUUCAUGCUGUGUAGGGUAAAAAUGAAGUAUGAAGUAUCAGAGAAAGGAAGGGGGGGGGGGGGGGGGGGGGGGGGGGGGGACAAAACUACCUGUAACUCCUUGACACAAAAAAUUUGUAUUUAAAUUUGUAUUUAUAUGUAUUUUUAUAUAUGGCAUCCCACCAUAUAUAUACUGUAUAGUUGAUAUUCACAUAGAAUUUCAUUUCUCUAAAAUUGUGGUCAUUGAAUAUAAUACAAAUAUAAUUUCCCAAUAUUUUUUUUUUUUUUUUUUCAAGGAACAUUGUGUGUAACAAAAAAAAAAAAUUUUAAUAAAUACAAAAGUAUUUUAUAGUGCUUAUUUGCAUUACUGCAGAAUGGUUACAUGAAAUUUGAUACAUAUGAACUAUGUACUUUCGACUGGGACAUCUGCUAAAAUUUAGACCAGUGAAAUUUUAUUCUAUAUAUACAGCUGUACUUCAUUGUUUACAUCACCAUAGACUUCUUUUUAUUCCAUGCAAAUUCUUUCACUUUAAUACAUGUCUUACAACUAAAAUACUUUUAAAUGUUUUCAACUAGAUGUUAUGUAGUGGUAUUAUGUUAGUCAUUAAUGGGUUUAUAGAAAUGUCUUCGCUAAUUUAAACUGUUGUAUGAACUUUAAUGUUAAUUUGUGGUGUGGCCUAUGCAAUUGGAAGAAUGAUUAAAUUGUACCCAAUAUGGAAGCAUAUUUGAAAUAUGUAAAAAAACAGAAAUAAAAACAACAUACAAAAAAUAAUAAAAUGGAAGUAAAUGAAA